GCAUGGGGGAGCUGCCGCCGCCGCCACCGCCGCCGUCGUUCUUACCGCGCCUCGCGGCUCUGGCAGCGUCUCCUUUCUUGGCCUGAAGCGUGCCUGCACUCGUGGAUCCCGGCGGGGAAGGGGCCAUGGGCCGCCUCCCCGAGGCGCGGCGGUUGUGAGGGGAGCCGGGAAGCUGCCGGCCGACGUACUUGCACGCGCCAGGGGGGCUGCGGCCAGGAGGGGAGGGCCGCUCGCAGCCGGCGGCCGGCACGGCAGCUCGCCUGCAGCAUCCCGCUGUCGGUGACUCGGGGGUGCCCGUAUCUCGCCCGCUCUCCUGCCGCGCCCGGCCGCGGCGGUGGAUGGAUGCGCCAUGGCCACACUGGUGUGCCGGGUGCAGCUGCUGGAUGACACGGACCCCUUCAACAGCACCAACUUCCCCGAGCCCACCCGGCCGCCGCUCUACACCUUCCGGGAGGACAUCCCGCUCGCUACCCAGCUGGCCGGGGUGCACCGUCUCCUCCGCGCCCCGCAGAAGCUUGAUGACUGCACCCUGCAAUUGUCUCACAAUGGUACCUAUCUGGAUCUAGAAUCUACUUUAGCAGAACAAAGAGAUGAAUUGGAAGGCUUCCAGGAGGAUUCUGGGAGGGGGAAGAAACACAGUAUAAUUCUGAGGACCCAGCUGUCUGUGAGAGUCCAUGCCUGCAUCGAAAAACUUUACAAUUCCAAUGGACGAGAGCUGAGACGGGCACUUUUCUCCUUGAAACAAAUAUUUCAGGAUGACAAGGACUUGGUUCAUGAGUUUGUUGUCGCUGAAGGUCUGACAUGUUUAAUCAAAGUGGGAGCAGAGGCUGACCAGAAUUAUCAGAACUACAUCCUGAGAGCUUUGGGCCAGAUAAUGCUCUAUGUUGAUGGCAUGAAUGGCGUAAUAAAUCAUAAUGAAACCAUCCAAUGGCUGUACACACUUAUUGGGUCAAAGUUCCGUUUGGUGGUAAAGACAGCCCUGAAGCUGCUUCUGGUGUUUGUGGAGUACACUGAAUCCAAUGCACCACUUUUAAUCCAGGCAAUAUCUACAGUUGAUGAGAAGAGAGGAACCAAGUCAUGGUCCAACAUUAUGGAGAUCCUGGAAGAGAAGGAUGGGGUUGAUACCGAACUACUGGUUUAUGCAAUGACCUUGGUUAACAAGACACUGUCGGGGUUGCCAGAUCAAGACUCUUUCUACGACGUGGUGGACUGUCUGGAAGAGCUAGGCAUUGAAGCUAUUUCACAGAGACAUUUGAACAAGAAAGGAACAGACUUGGACUUAGUUGAGCAAUUUAACAUUUAUGAGAUGACUCUGAGGCACGAGGAUGGAGAUGAUAGUGUUGACCCCCCUCCCAGUGGACGCAAGGACCGGAGGAGGGCCAGCCUUGGUGCCGGUGAGCGGAGGGGUUUAGAGCGGCGGCGGAGCCGCAGGCACUCCGUGCAGAAUGGCAAAAGCACUUUAUCGGCCCCUGCCAGUCCCUGCGGACAGUCCAACUCUGGCUUCAUGCUAGGCCAUGGGCAGCACGUUGAAGAUCUCAGUGAGAGAGAGGAGGAGGAGUAUGAAGAGGAGGAAGAAGAACAGCCAGUCACAGAGCCCAAUACUGAGGAUGAGGGAGAGGAAGAGGCCAGUAGGCAGGUCAAAGCCAGUGGGAUUCCAGGUGUGUGGGAGGCUGUGAACAAAAACCUUUCACAGUGUUCUGAUUCUUCAGCCGUCUUCAGUGCCAUUUCUCCAGCUGAGAGGCCUCACUCCUACUCUAAAGCAGAGAGCUCUUCUAGCAGGUCUCCUGUGCCUGAAUCAUCUGUCUCUCAUCAUAACUCUGUCCUUUCAUCACCAUCCUCACCUGUGGCAGCAUUGCUAAGCUCUUCCCAAAAUUCAUCAGCAUCCAUUACUCCAAAAGCAUCUCCAACGGUGGAGAAAUUACCAUAUGUACCACAUACUCCUUUUCAUCUCUUCUCAUAUGACUUUGAAGAGUCUCCAGCAUCUGUGAAAGAAAAGGAAGCAGAAGGGAUGAGGGAAAACAGAUACAAUAGCUAUGGCAGCAGCUCUUACUCUUCCCCGCGACCUUACUCUGGUGUGAGUGCCCCUACAACACCCACUACUCGUUAUGGAACAACUCUGUCGCCGCCUCAAGAGACCAAAUCUGACAGGCCAGCUUUGGGUGGUCUCCUUACAUCAUCUUUUCGGCAGCACCAGGAGUCCUUGGCAGCAGAAAGAGAAAGACGGCGUCAGGAGAGAGAAGAAAGGUUGCAAAGAAUAGAACGUGAAGAGAGAAACAAAUUCAACCGCGAUUAUUUAGACAAAAGAGAAGAAUUGAGACAAGCAAGAGAAGAGAGAUACAAAUACUUGGAGAGAUUGGCAGCAGAGGAGUAUGAGAAGGAGCUGAAGAGUCGUAGUGUAAGCCGAGGCAGAAGUGAGCUGUCCCUGAAUCUGAGAUCUCCUUCAGCCCCAUCCUCACCUGUGCCAAAGUGCAUCAGCCCGGCAUCCCUAGAGUCCCAGGAAGAGCUGAGGACCCCUACCAACCCUUGUGGGACCCCUCAGGCCUCAGAAGUGAGUGCCAGUGAACCCGAACCAGAGACAGAGACAGAACCAGAGCAGGAGGCUGAGGCUGAGGCCGAGCAGGGAACGGAGACACCCAAGGAAAUAGAGGCUACAGAGGUGGGACCAGAGAGUGAGGUGGAGCAAGGACCAGAGAGAGAGCCAGAAGAAAGUGCAAUACUCAGUGAAAAAGAGAGGCAGAAUGAGGAAGUGAAUGAAAAAGACAACUGCUCUGCAUCCAGCAUAUCCUCAGCAAGCAGCACUUUAGAGAGGGAAGAGAGAGAGGACAAGUUAAUCAGUGACAAUGAAACUGGUCCGUGGUCACAGACCAUUCAGGAUGCUGAUGUGAAUGAGCAGUGCAGCAACAUCCUCAACAACAAGCGGUUUAUGCUGGACAUGUUGUAUGCGCAUAACAAAAAGCCGAAGGAUGAAGAGGAGAAGGAGCUGGAGGCGAAGGAGGAAAAGAAGGAGACGGAGGAAGACGAGGAGUCACUCACUAGCCUAGCCAGUAGAAUCUCUAUCCUUCAGGCCACGAAGCAGGCCAAAGAUGAAAAUGUCAAAAAGAUGGAGAUUGGAAAUCUGGACAACCAAGGCAGCGUGAAAGCCUUUGCAGAAAAAUUCAACAGUGGUGAGCUGGCCAAGGGGACAGCCAUGCCUGAAGAUGAAAUCAGUGAACAGAUCCCUCAGAAAACACCAGCACAGCCAAAGAAGGAAUCUGACUAUAUCUGGGAUCAGCUCAUGGCUAAUCCUAGAGAACUUAAAAUCAAAGACAUGGACUUUACAGACUUGGGGGAGGAGGAUGAUGUAGAUGUGUUGGACAUGGAUAUGGGUCCUGGGGACUCCCUUGUUCCCCCUCCUCCACCUCCACCUUCUUUUCUGGGUUUGCCUCCUCCACCACCUCCCCCGCUGUUUGGAUAUCCGCCUCCACCUCCACCCUCUGCUAAUUUAUUGGCUCCUCCUCCACUGUUCAGCACUCCUCAGGGUUUAGGAUCGCCCCAGGUUCCUAGGGGUCAGCCAGCAUUUGUAAAGAAGAAGAAAACCAUCCGUCUCUUUUGGAACGAGGUACGGCCGUUUGAGUGGCAGUGUAAAAACAACAAACGUUGCAGAGAAUUCCUGUGGUCGAAACUGGAACCCAUUAACGUAGACGCUUCCAAACUGGAGCAUCUCUUCGAGUCUAAAUCCAAGGAACUGCCUGUCACAAAGAAAACUGCUGCAGAUGGGAAGCGACAGGAAAUCAUUGUGUUGGACUCAAAACGAAGCAAUGCUAUUAAUAUUGGCUUGACUGUAUUGCCCCCUCCUCGCACUAUCAAGACUGCUAUUUUGAACUUUGAUGAAUAUGCCUUAAACAAGGAAGGAAUAGAGAAAAUCCUGACCAUGAUCCCAACAGAGGAGGAGAAGCAAAAGAUCCAGGAGGCACAACUGGCAAACCCUGAUGUUCCCCUGGGUAGCGCUGAGCAAUUCCUUCUCACCCUCUCCUCAAUCAGCGAACUCUCUGCCAGGCUCCAGCUCUGGGCUUUCAAGAUGGACUACGAGAUAGUGGAAAAGGAAGUUGCAGAACCACUUCUAGACCUGAAGGAAGGAAUGGACCAACUGGAGCACAAUAAAACUUUGGGACUUAUCCUUUCGACUCUACUAGCCAUUGGGAACUUCCUGAAUGGAACCAAUGCCAAAGCUUUUGAGUUGAGCUACCUCGAGAAGGUUCCAGAAGUCAAGGACACAGUGCACAAGCAGUCCCUCCUGCACCAUGUCUGCACUAUGGUGGUGGAAAAAUUCCCAGACAGCACUGAUCUUUAUUCAGAGAUUGGGGCCAUCACUAGGUCAGCCAAGGUUGACUUUGAACAGCUCCAGGAAAACUUGUGUCAGAUGGAAAGAAGGUGCAAAGCAUCAUGGGAUCACCUUAAGGCUAUAGCAAAGCAUGAAAUGAAGCCAACUCUAAAGCAAAAAAUGUCGGAGUUCCUUAAAGACUGUGCAGAAAGAAUCAUAAUUCUGAAGAUUGUUCAUAGAAGAAUAAUUAACAGGUUUCACUCAUUUUUGUUAUUUAUGGGCCAUCCUCCCUAUGCAAUACGUGAAGUCAACAUCAAUAAGUUCUGCAAAAUUAUCAGCGAAUUUGCUCUGGAAUACCGCACCACCAGGGAACGAGUUUUACAGCAAAAACAGAAACGAGCUAACCACAGGGAAAGAAACAAGACCAGAGGGAAAAUGAUAACAGAUUCUGGCAAGUUCUCCAGCAGCUCUCCCCCCUGCCAGAGCCAGCCCCAGGGGCUGCAGUACGCCGAGGAUGCUGCAGAACACGAGAACAUGAAGGCUGUGCUGAAGACCUCCUCUGUAGGUGGGGAAAGUACCACAGUGCUUGGAGUCCGCACUAGAAGCCGGGCCAGCCGAGGCCGUAUCGGUUCGUGGAACACUGGCAACGACGAUUCCCCUAACGCAACAGAUGACGCAGCUGAUGAGAUCAUGGAUCGCAUCGUGAAGUCUGCCACCCAAGUGCCAAGCCAGCGAGCUGUGCCUAGAGAGAGGAAGCGAUCACGAGCAAACAGGAAAUCAUUGAGAAGGACACUUAAGAGUGGACUGACACCAGAAGAAGCCAAAGCACUGGGCCUCAUCAGCACCUCUGAGAUGCAGGUUUGACAUCCAAGAAGUGUCAACAAGAAGAGCCGUUCAUCCGAAGCACACACACACACAGGCUGACAGCCCUCCGGUGUGGCAUUAACCUGCCAGCCUCCUCUGCUGCUCCCAACGUCAACAUCCUCUGUUAGUUCAAUUUUAAUAAGCAACAAAAAGUGAAACCCCUCAGCCAGGGCAGAAGAAGGGGAUGCCACAGCUCAGCAUGACAUUCGGACAGUAACUGAGAAAGUGUUUGAGUGCUUGUAGGUGAAAACAUAUGGCUGCUUCUCUCAUGGUGUGUGAUGUGGGUAGGAGGGGGCUCUCUCUGAGUUAUCUGUCAUGUGAGCUGUGUUUAUGUUGGCUUUCCUUGUGCACUGUUUUAGUCAUUGUAAAUGUAUGGCAUUUUGUCAAAGCAAGGAACAGUUCUUAAAGAGGCAAAGUAACUCCUGUGACAGCAACCCCAGUUUUCCUGAAGCAGAUUCAUUAAGCAAAGAUGCACAGUCUGUGAAACCCUGUGGUUUGAUUGGGAUUUUUUAUUAUUUUACCACCAAAGAAUGUAAAAAUGUAUGUGUACCUUUGUAUAUGUACAGAAUGAAUGUGUGAACGUGUGUGUGUAUCUAUACACGUACAGUUAAGUGUGGAAUCAUGUUCCUGCUGAAGCUAACUGGACCAUGAUUUUCACUCUGGGGCCUUACCGUUCCACCUGCACAGGAGGAAAAGAAUGUCUCUCUGUAGGAACUCAGUGUCAUUCAAUGGGAUUCAUCCUAUGGGGCAGGAGGUAGCCAGCAAUCCGAGUGGAAAGUGUAGGAUCCUGUAUUAAUACACACUCAGACUGUACAUAGCAGCAUGCACAUAGAGGAGGAGACACAAAAUACCUUCCUCUUAUUGAGCUAUGACUGUACUGUGCAUUUGUACAGUUCCAAAGAGAAUCAUGCCAACAAUUUUACAUACUCGAUAAAUGCAUUCAGAUGCUAACAAGAAGUUUUGAUCACUUGCCUGUGCCCUUCAUGCUGCUUUUCUCUGCUGCAAAAUAAUGUGGUGGUGAUUUUAUUUCAAAUUAGUGAAUCUGAAUAUGAAAUAGCCCUGCUAAAAGCCUGCUGUGUUUUUGCUGUUCUUUAAUCUUUUCCUGUGAUUAUCAUUGAUGCAAGUGGAGAGGGUACCACAGUGAACACUCCAAUACAUUUGCCCUUAUCUCACUGUCUUAUAACUGACUUUUAGAACUACCCUCAGCAUGCGUAUUUGAAGAACUUAACUCAUCUACUUUUAAGUGGAGGACAUAUACAACAGUGAAGAUUAAUUGAACAGUCACCCUACCCAAUGCUGAAGCAUUUUAAAGAGAACUGCAAAUAACAGUAACAUAAAAGGGAAUAUUUUAAGCCAAAGUCUGUAUAUGAUCAAUUAAUCCUCAAGGAUGCACAAGAUUAUCUCUUUCCAUUGCCUUAGCCUCUAAGAUUAAGGGUAUGUCUGCACAGCAGUAACAGCUGAGGCUCCACUCAAGCUAGUUAAUGGGGAAGUAAUUAAGCAGAGUAGCUAGUUAACUGUGUUUGAAUUUGUCUGCAAAACACACUUGAAAAGUAUGAUUAAUUAGUAGUGUAUACUGGGCUCCUUAUGCUGUAGCUAAGUUGCUUCUGGCACCCAAGCUAGGUCAGAUACAUCAACGAGUUAUUCUGCUAUGCUCUCAUUAAGGGCAGGAUAAUUGCUGGAGAUUGUUCAGGACAGUUGAACCAAACACAACAAACCUUUGAAACCUCAGCCAUCUAUCACAUUUCACUGAGCACAGCAUCCAAGCAAUGGGAGAACCAGUUAGCUGACAACACUUGAUCUGCAAUAAGAUCUGUGGUGGAACAUCCUAUCUGUGCUGUCUUUCAAUCAUAACAUUUCAUUCUUUAUUUGAUGUUGCCUUGGAUCUCCAUGGAUAAACAGUCACUAAUGAGCAAAUGUUCUUAAGGAUAGCAAUAAGUUUGAACUAGUUUUCCCCUCAGGUUGUUAAAAAGUCAGUUGUAGAAAGUAGUAGUUUUGUAAUUAAUAAAAUGUGUAUUUGAAAGCCAUGAAAAGGAAGAAGCUGGUUAGGAAAUAAAAAGAAGUGGCAUAUAAUUCAUCUUGCUGUAAAAUAAGCAAGACACGGGAGCAUGUGGAUUUUGAAGUGGAUGCUUAUAUGCUGCUCACCACUAUGGAGUUUUUGAAUCUCUCUUAAAGAUGCUUAGAACAAAGAAAUGAAGGUAAUGGGGGUUUGUGGAAGUCUUGGGAGGACUGAAGCAAGAGGAAGACACCCUGAAUCUAGUGGUUACGUUGAACUGGUUAAGUGAUAAAGGAGGUGAAAAUGCAUGGAGGUCCUAUAUUUGAUUGGAGGGAGAAAAUGAAGCAAGGUUUCAAAACUGAAUAUUUUAAUUAAAAUAUGCUGAAUGUGCAAAGUAGGUGACCGAGUGACAACUUGCUAACAGGAAACAAAUUUGUGUUUUGUUUAGACAUAGUACAGCACCUGAAACACAACACAGCUAAUGAAUGACUAAUAGUUGAGCAUGUGUAUUUUGCAGGAAUUGUGCAAAACUUCAUAUACGUGUUGAGGAGCAAAUUAAAUAUGGAUAGUGGGGUUAUAAUAAAUUCAGGGGAAAAAAAAAACCACAACAGUUUCUUUCAGAUUCUCUGGAUGCAUCUUACAAGUGAAGCAUAUUCUUCCUUGCCCGUUUUUCCAUUAUAUGUGUUCUUAUCUUUUUUUUAACUAAGUUCCUGCUCUCUAUCUGUAAAACUGACCCCAAUUUUUCUGAAAGAUAACUAGGUCUUAUUACGCAGUAGACAAUUUCACUGUCUUCAGUGUUUAUUGCGACAAGAUUAUCAAACACAGUAACAGAAUAAUAACCACAGACAAUAUUUCCAUUUUGAUUCACAGAGAAAGAGGCCUGAAGCCCACUGUACUAAUCUGUAAAGUGGCAGAAUUUCUUUGUGAGUCUGCUAGCAUGUCCUGACUGUGGGAGUAACAAUUGUUCCCCUUCAUCUAGCUACUGGCUUCCAGAUAAAGUGGAGGAAUUGAUUAUAUUUGCAUGCCUUUGUCUGUGUAAUCCGGUUGUAACCUUCAGGUUUUGAGUUGCUGCCUGCCCCUCCAUUGUCAAAAGAUCCCACCACAAGAGUGUGACUUGUUUUAAAUGUGAGACAUGGAUUGUUUUUGUGACAAAUAUAAAGGCCUCAGAAACACGAUGUAGUAUCACGUAUUCCCAUUUCUCACUGCAAGAUCCAUGAAGGCUGUUUUAAACACACUUGCAGCCAUAAUAACUACCUCUCUUCUCUUUCUCAUAGUACCAGUCAGCUGCAAAUGUAGUGCCCAGAGUUUUAUAUCUCCACGAAGCUCUGAGAAUUGCUGCUGGUAUUCAUUUCAGCACCUAUCUGCUGCCAAUAACUUGUCUGUCUACCACGAUAAUACCUUCCUGGUUUUGGAUGGUGAGGUUAAACUUUAGCAUAUGAAAUAGCCGCCAAAGGGAGGCUCUCCCGAUUUCCUUUCAUCUCCCUUGGUGUUUAAAAGCAGACUGCAAAGACUUUAUAUUCCCUUACUCCCAACUGAGGGAUAACUUUCAGUAGCAGCUAUGUGGCUGCAGUGAAGAAACACCCCCAGGGAAUGCUGUGUGCCACAAUCAAGAGUGAAAGAUCCUUCACAAAAAUUAAAUUCAUCACUCUUCACCUUUCAGUAAGGCCAGGCACCAUGCUCAUAUAUUCCAGAUGUUUUAUAGCCCCUUGGCUGCUACAUGUGACCCUUCUGUUUGAUAGAUCCAUGUCCGUAAUCCAAAAUCAACAGAAAAAAAAUGGUGGUUUAAUGCGAGUCUCUCUUACUCUGAUAAAUACUGGAAACAACAUCAAAAGCAGUUUUCAAAAUGUAUUUAUUUUUCCUUUUUAAAACUCCUUUUAUCGUAAAUCUCUGUAAUGACUGACUCUGUCUAGCAGAAUAUGCCAUCAGAUUUGUAGAUAAACAAGACUUUGGCUUUAGCUUAAUAGAAAGUCAUAUGUGAAUAUCUAGAUAAGAGUUCAUGUCCCAGUUCAACAGAAAUUUGGAGUCAGAGUCUUGAUGUGACUGAAGAGCAAGGUGCUCCAUUCCCCCAUGAGGUACUAGACAACAUGACAGGACAGCACCUUAAAUCACUGGUGUGCCAUGCUCUAAGCAUACCCUGGAAAACACUGACAACCCUUGAAAAGUCAGAAGUGAGGCUGCAAGACCUACUGCAAACCUGAAGGAUACAGUAGGUGGCUUCUUUUGUCAGACAUCUGCUCUACUCCAGCAUCCCUGGUAGCGUAACAGCAACUGUCUAUCCAAAAUGCUUUAGAAACCUUUGGGACAAGGGUGGCAGGCUGGGUUCAGGUGCCUGUACGCUGUGUGUGGCUUAUUGUUUGGCUGUACUGAGAUUAAACGGGGACAAGGUGCGGCCUGUCAGCUUCGCAUCCAUUAUCAUCCCGCUACAACUCAUAGGCAGGUGUGCAUACUGUCUGCCUUUAUCUAAAGGAUGUACAGAGAUAGAGUGUCAGAAGGCACACACGUGUUCAUUCCUGUGUGCCCUCUCACAUGCCACUCCCCUUGUUCUCUUUGAGGGGGGUUGUUCAUGCACAGGCAGAGAGCCUGACCCCAUGCUGGUGGCUCUGCCCUUCCAGCCUUGGCAUGCAAGAAACACUUGCCUAAGCUGUAAGGACUAUGACUGUUAAUGUUUCUCCACAGGGAAAACUGCCAGGUACUAACAGGCUCCGAAAGAAAAUAAACCAAAGCAUUUUUGAAAGAGAAAAUGUUUGGUUAUAGAUGACUUUCAAAAAUGAUUUGUAAACACUUGACCAAGAUGUAAUGCCUGCCUUCCCUUUUCUUUGACUGGGGCAGCAACUGGCUCAAUUGGCAUUUUCAGUUGCAAUCCCGAGAGGUUUCUGGCAAGUAGCUUAAUAGCUACGUAGCAAGUAAUGCAAGGAGAUGUUUUGGAGAUGUUGUAUACUUUUAUGUUUAUCAAAAAAAAAAAAAAAUUCUAAGUUUUCACAUCAAGUGACAGAUAGGAGACAUUAUUUUGUUUAAUCACUAUCUAAUGCAGAGGUUUCUGUGACAGAAAAGGUGUAUGUGUAGCAUUGUGUCCUUUUUUUGUGAGCUCGGAAUUGUAAAAAAAUGUAAAGUAGAAAAGGACGUGUUUCUUAGACGAAGGAGAAAUACUGUAAAAUUGUGUAAAUGUCACUACUCAUUGGGUUUUUUUUUCAUGUUCUGUGUAGCAUAGUGUAAAAUAGGCUUUCCAGCAGUGUUAUUCUGUGAAUUAUAAUUUAAAAAACAAGCCAUGCAUGGUCAGAAAUAUUAUCUACAAGUCCUUGUGGUUGAGGUUUUUUGUUUUGUUAGUUGGUUUCUCAUUUUAGAUGAAUUUAUGUUCAUCUAAAUUUAAUUGUCCAUGAAACUGCAUUUUUGUUUCUCAGUUUGAUUUCAUAAAGAACUUGAAUUACUCUAAGCUUUUAUCACACACGAAGCUCACCUACUAUUUAUAUCCUUCAGAAGCUUUGUCAUGUUUAGUGCAAACCAGGAGAAUCUUUCUUUUUAACACACCCCUCAUCUGCCUCUUCUCCCCUCACUCUCCUCCCUUUACCAUCUGGAAAGGUGCAAUCACACCUUUUUCUGGUUUUUUUUUCCUGUGCCAUGCAGGGUCAAUGUGGAAACUGACCACAGACCUGUGUCCAAAAUCUCUUGAUAUAAGUAGUUGAAAAGCUCACCUUUACAGCAUUAUGUAAACACAUCUUGCAAUAAA